GUGAUAGAUUACUACACAUGACCCAAUUGAAUUUACCACCGCGCUGUCAUCAACAACUACAAAGCAAUCUAUCCAAAUAUUAUAAACUACACCAAAAUCACAAUUUACAGAUAUUAAUCAGCUUAAGCUCCCAAGUCCCAGCCCCCGUGAGCUUCCCUAUCCCCACAUGCUUGUCUUCUCAAACCUUCAGUAUCUAGACUCAAAUUCACUUUCACAUAAGUGUUUGAUAGUAAGAGAGUUGUGACUUAGUUGUGAUCAUGGGAAUACCGUACGAGGAUGUAGUGAUAAUAAGGGAGUCGGAGAAGGAAGGGGAGCCAACAGUGAUCACUGUCAACUGUCCGGACAAGACUGGACUAGGAUGUGACCUUUGUCGUAUCAUUCUCUUCUUUGGUCUGACCAUUUUCAGAGGUGAUGUAUCUACGGAUGGGAAAUGGUGUUAUAUAGUGUUUUGGGUGUUUGGGAAACCUAGUACCAGAUGGCUUUUGUUGAAGAAGAGAUUGUCAGGGGCCUGUCCUUCCUGUUCUUCAGCUUCUGGCAUUUCUUUCUAUCAAACUGAAUCACAACCACCCAACCCUCCUGAUGUUUUCCUCUUGAAGCUUUCCUGUCUCGACAGAAAAGGCCUUUUACAUGAUGUGACUGAGGUCCUCUGCGAACUUGAGCUCACAAUUAAAAAAGUGAAAGUGUCUACGACCCCUGAUGGGAGAGUGAUGGAUCUUUUCUUUAUUACAGACACAAGGGGACUGUUACACACAAAGAAGAGACAAGAAGACACACAUGAUAACUUGGAAACUGUUUUGGGUGUUUACAUGCUAAGCUGUGACAUUGAGAAGGUUGGCCCUGAAAUCACAGUGUGCUCUCGAGGAUCUACAUUUCUUCCUCCUGAAAUCACAGAGGAAAUGUUUACCUUAAAAAAGCAUGAUCAACACCUAAGGGAAUCCCUUCCGUUUGACGGUGUUUCUGUUACUAUGGAUAAUUCCCUCAGUCCAGCUCACACACUUGUACUAAUUGUUUGUCAGGAUCAUAAAGGUCUACUGUAUGAUAUAAUGAGAACUUUAAAGGAUUACAACAUUCAGAUUUCUUACGGACGCUUCACUACAAAAACAAAAACUGAAUGUGAAGUGGACUUGUUUAUCAUGCAAGAUGAUGGCAAGCGAAUAGUUGACCCUGUCAAGCAGGGCACAUUAUGCUCUAGACUACAAAUGGAACUAUACCGUCCUCUCCGAGUAGCUUUAGUCAGCCGUGGUCCUGAUACAGAACUAAUGGUUGCAAACCCUGUGGAGUUAUCUGGGAAGGGUCGUCCACUGGUAUUUUAUGACAUCACCCUUGCACUCAAGAUGCUGAACACUGGAAUCUUUACGGCUAAAAUUGGGAGGCACAUUUUCGAAGACCGGGAAUGGGAGGUUUACAGAGUUUUACUCGAUGAAGGAGACAGCUUGUCUGUCACAAGAAACAUGAUUGAGGAAGCUGUUCGGAAGAUGCUCAUGGGUUGGACAUGAUGGCUAAUACAAAUACAUAAUCGAAGUCUUUGGUCUGCACCUUCAUCAUCAUUACAGCAUAUCUACUAGGAGUUGGUAGGUAACUUUUAUUUGCUACGAGGGGAAGUUCUGUGUUGUGCUGUUCCAAGUAUGACGAGGACUUUUACAGGACAACUUUCUGGUUCCAGAAUGACAGUUUAAUGGCAGCAAGGAGAUCUAAGGGGGUGAUAAAGCCUCAUGUAUCAAAAUAUAUGUCAAAGAAGUAAAAGCCGUGUACAUCCUAAUCAAUAGCGUAUCAAGUCUCACACUCAAAUCACUUUCGGUGCACCUUCGGGCUUUGUCCAUCAUGAAUGAAAAAUAAAGAUCAACUAGCGCAGAACAGCAGAGGGGCAUGAAUCAUGAUGUCAAUAUGUGGAUAUUUCCCAAUGCAGUUCAGUUACCUUCUGCUAGGAGAUGUAAACUCAGGCCUUCACAACCAACUUGUGACUUGUAUUUAUCUGGUAUUAUGUACUAAAAAACCGUACAGAAAGCUCUUGGUUUAUAAUCAGCACAGAUGACAGAUGCCUGGAACAUUUGUAAAUACCACAAAACCUGUAUAUAUGAGCUACGUUGCUACGCUGCUACAAUAUGUAAAUAUACAUGUUUGUACAGCAUGGUUAAAAUUUAUAUAGGAGCUACAAUAUGUGAAUA